AUGGAUCAAUUCCCGCUCAAGACCACACGCCCGCCGUUUCUGGCGACCAACUCCCUCCGACUCUGGACUUCCGCAAACGCCGAGCUCCCCACCGCCUUCCAGUGCGGCGACGAGCUGAGGAACCCGACGACAGACAUCCUCGCCUUCCUGGCCUGGGAUUUGCAGACACCGCGGCUCGACGGCCUCCACGACUACCUCUGGCUGGCUGGACUCAUGCAGCCGGCCCGCGAGCUUCACCGCCAACGACUACUGGGCCGCACAAUCUGCAUCACCGAGAGGCCCGAGGAGCACCUCGUCUGGCACGAGAACACAAUCUUCAUCAAGCCGCUGCCCGAGUACCUCUUGGGCCACGCCUUCUGGGCAGCCAGCAUCUGCCCACACGAGCCCCUCUACCGCAGCGCGCUGGGGCUUUUAUGGUCAUACACGUGGCUCGUCCGCUCAAAGUCAGACCUCAAGAUCGCGCACGACUUGGGCCUCCUGCCCACGUCCCUGGACUGGGCAGCCUGGGCGGGCUUCUCGCGGGACGUCCUGGACCGAGACCAGCAGCAGGUCUGGCAAGAAGUCGACCCGCGGUAUGCCUACGGCGAGCUGCGCCUCACGCGGCUCAACACGCUCUACCACCUCGGCUUCGCGGGACUCUCCCCGCAGAACCUCGUCUGGGCGUACAUGACGGGCUCGCAGCGGUACACGACCUUCUUCCAGCGCAACUUCGGCUGGCUGCUGGCGGUGUUUGUUCUGGAGUUCGAUGCCGUCAGAUUUGUCGAUACAGCAAGUGUCAACCUAGAAAUGUUGUAG